UGUGUCACACGAGGAACAGGGACAGGACAGGUGACUAUGCGUGGGACGGGGAUCCUAAGGACGGUGCUGCUCAGCUGCGCUUUGUGGGGGGUCCUUUCCGGAGACACCCGGGGUUCUGGGUGCGCGGACGGCCGCCAGGUGGAAGAGCAGGUAUUGCUAAUGAUGGCGCCGAGCCCCCAGCGCCUCCACUGUCCCCUGGAUGCAGCUGGGCUCCAGCUACUGCAGUCGCAACCCGGGCUGAGCCUGCGCUGGACAAAGGGCUGUACCCCCCUUCCUUUGAAGGACCCUUCGCUGCCCACCCAGACUCUCCUCACCAACGGUACAGCUUUCCUGGAGUUCCGGCACCUUCUCUUGGAAGACCAGGGCAACUACACUUGCACCAUCUACGUGGACGAGCGCCCCAACGCCUCCUUUGCCGUUCGUCUCGUCGUAAAAGACCUCCCGUGCUCCCUGCCCCCAAAGUUCACAUCCCCCAACAGCCCCUCGGAGCACCAAGCUGUGCUGGGCUCCACUGUGACCCUCAACUGCUCGGCCCACCUGCCCUGGGACCCCAAGGAGCCGCAGUGUGACUUGGCCCUGCGAUGGAGCAAGCAGGGGGGACCGCUCUUCAAUAUGACCCUCCACUCUCAGAACGACUCUCGCUGGCUCCUUCCCAGCGGCACCCAGCUGGUGGUGAGCAGUCUGCUGGAGGUGACCCUCGGGGCAUCUGCCGACUUCGGCCUCUACAGCUGCACAGUCAGGAAUGUGUCUGCGUGGUUCAGGCUUCAGGAAAUGAGAGCAGCCGGCCACUCGGCGGCGGUCGUUGCCGCCAUCGUCCUCCUCCUCCUCCUGGCCCUGACCGCCCUGCUCUUCUCAAGGUGCCACCUUAAUGUCAGGCUGUGGUACAAGAACACCUACGGAGAGUUUGAGAUCAACGAUGGAAAGCUCUACGACGCCUACAUCUCCUACGUCAACACAGACAGCGACCGGAAGUUUGUCAACUUCAUCCUGAAGCCCCACCUGGAGAGCAAGCAGGGCUACAAGCUGCACCUGGACGACAGCAACAUCCUACCUGGUUCAGAGCCCUCAGCUGAGCUCUUGAUGAACGUGAGCCGCUGUCGUCGCCUCAUUGUGGUGCUUUCGCUGUCCUACUUGGAGCAGGACUGGUGUUCCAACAACCUCAGGGAAGGACUGUGGCGUCUGCUGGAGCUCUCCAAGCGGCCUAUCCUCAUCACCUGGGAGGCACAGCGGCAACACAUGCACCCAGAAACGGCACGGCUGCUGCGGGAGAACCAGCACCGCUUCACCGUGCUCUCAUGGGGAGCCCGCUCUAUGACCCUGUCGUCAGCCUUCUGGAAGGAGCUGGCUCUGGUGAUGCCCCGAAAAGUGGCAUACCGUAGCCCCCCCAUGGCAGACCCCCAGACGCUGCUGCAGGAUGACAGGGACCCCAUGCUCACCCUGAACCCCGACUACCUGGACUGCCGCGCCGACCCUGACUGCGACCCUGCAGGGGACCUAGGGGUUCGGCUUCCCGUCUACAAGGCCCUGACUGGUCGAGUCCCUGUCCUUCCGGGUGUUGCACCGCAGUUGCCCCCGACGACGGAGGCCAAACCUUUUGACAUCGACGUGUCGGACCUGGGGUCGCGGAACUACGGGGCUCGCACCGACUUCUACUGCCUCGUCACUGAGGAGGAUGUGUGACGUGUGGUGUCAGCCAGCCCCCUCCUCAUCCCCCCCCCUUCCCCCUGGGCCCCACCCCUUUUCCCGUGUCUCCUGGGUGUGGAUGUUAAGAUGAGGACAAGCUGUCCGGGAGCUGUGUGGCUCCAUGUCACAGCCCCGACCUGGAGGAAGUGGGAACCUGUCCCCGUGAGAAAGCGGAGCCGUCUGUCCUGCUGCCCCCCCCAGGGUGGGAAAGCCUGCAAGGACCAGCAGUGCAGUACCAGGGUAACGGAGCAGUAGUGGCACAGUAAUCUAGCAAUAUAAUACCAUAGUAGUGCAGCCAUGUAGCAGUACAGUACCACAGUAAUGGGGGCUGUGCCCAAUGCCCCUGUUGGGAGCAUCUAAAGGAGACUUGUGUUCAUCCUUCAAUCAGUCAAUCGGGGACGAAAGAUCUGGGUUCGUGUUAAUACAGUUCAUGGGUUUGUAUUUAUCCAACUGUCAAUGUUGAACCAAAUGCAAAUUGACUGUCAUAUAAUUA